AUGCAAAACGUCAAAGACAUAUACCAAGAUGUUUUUGAAGAUCUUGGCACCUUAGGUCCAGCACUGCAUCUUGAAGUUGAUCCUGAAAUGUCGCCUGUCCAACUCCCACCAAGAAAAAUCCCAGAGUCGCUGAAGCAACCGUUGCGAGAACAUUUGGACGAACUUGUCAAGCUUGAGGUCAUAGAACGAGUAGACUAUCCAACAGACUGGGUCAGCGCAAUUGUUGUUGCACCAAAACCCAAUGGCAAAAUUAGAUUAUGCCUCGAUCCCAGACCACUCAAUAAAGCGCUGAAACGAUGCCACCAUCCAAUACCGACAAUUGACGACGUACUUCCAGAACUGUCCAAUGCAAAAGUCUUUACCAAAGUCGACUGUAGCAACGGAUAUUGGCAAGUAGAAUUAGACGAAGAGUCGUCUCUUUUAACGACGUUCAACACUCCAUUUGGACGAUUUAAAUGGCAACGGAUGCCUUUCGGGAUCUCCCCUCUUAAUUUCAGAGAGGCCCGCAAUUUUACAAAAACCGCACUUGUUACUGCACAGAAAGAAUAUGUACUGAAGGAAGUUCAGCAACACAGACUGAAACAAUACUGGGUCACUUUGGAAGGUAAUUAAAGAAAAUAUAGCGUAUAGGGAAAGAGAGUCAGUGGUCUACAGUAAGGAACCGAAAUUAGUGGCCGAAGAGUUUAAUAAUUUCUUUUCCACCAUCGGUGUGAAUGCAGCAAAGAAAGCCUCAACACUAAUACAAGAUCCUAGUGUUUAUCCAGCUCGGAAUCUUUCUGACGUAAAUCGCACAGAAAACAGCUACCCUGAAGAAAAUGAUAGAUUUAGUUUCACCCCAGUCUCUUGUUCAGAAAUAAGGAACAUCAUAUUAGCUAUGCCGUCAAACAAAUCACCCGGCAAAGACAAAGUGAGUAUGCGUGUCAUCAAACACAGCCUACCGGUAAUUCUUGGGUCCCUCACCGAUAUCAUUAAUUGCUCACUGUCGUCAUCUUCGUUCCCUAUAGCAUGGAAAGAGGCAGAAGUUAUCCCUUUGUUAAAGGAUAGAAACCACGAGGAAGCAUCAAAUAACCGCCCACUUUCUCUCCUUACCUUUCUUUCGAAAAUUUGUGAAAAAGUCGCCUUGAAUCAAUUUGGUUCGUAUCUAAUGAAGAACAAAAAAUUGUCAACCCACCAGAGCGGGAACAAGAAACAUCACUCAUGCGAAACAUUGAAUCUUUUGACCGGAGAUACUAUCCUAAAGGCCAUGGAUGGGAAAUGGGUUACUGCACUGAUUCUAAUAGAUCUAUCUAAAGCUUUCGACAGUGUAAAUCAUACUUUUCUCCUUACAAAACUUAGCAACGUCGGGGCUUCUCCAAGCGUUGUAAAAUGGUUUGAGAGUUACUUGACCGGAAGAACUCAAUCAGUCAGAAUUGGAUCAACU